GUAUAACUUAGUAAGAACUGCAGGGGAAGAUGCCCAGCCUGUCUGUAAAAAUCAUAUAAAAAUAAGAUAUAUUAUUUGGCAAGAAUAUAUUCAUUAAUCCAGAUGCAACAUUAAGUUUGCAGAAAUCGGAAGAAAGACAAUAUCUGACAUUCCCACUUCCUCUUGGGGUGGGUAUAAAACAGCCCUCAUACAUGCAUGUACAGUCUUGAAUUAAAUACAGUAUACACAUUUUGCUGGCUGUAUCGAUAGAAAUUUCAAUAUUUUUAAGAAGUACUUUUCUCUAAAGACUGUGGAAGGACACUUAAAAGCUGAGAGACUGUGAUUUCUGUCCAAGCCAUGCUUUGUGAAGGCAGAUUGUUUAGCAUGAUCUAUGGUGAAUUGGGAGAGCUGGAUCCCCUCCCUUCUCAAAAGGGUCUCCAGAGUUCUCAUGGGCUGCCGAGAGCAGCUGCUACCCUCAUGCCAGGCUCCACCAGACACGCUCCACUCGUUCAUCACAGUUCCCCCGAGCAGACAGGUUGUGCGGACAACAAGAGUGCUUCAGUGGAGCUGUACAAUUCUCCGCUGCUCUCCUUGGAUCUCCACAGUGCCCAGCCAGGCAGACAGAUCUCUCCGGAGAUAGAGAUCCCAGCUCAGGCUUACUCAGGUGGUGACUCCCCUUUCUUGGUUCCCUCCUUCUGUCAGAGCAUCUGCCAAAACUACAGUGACCUCCAUAUUGGAGGCGACCAGGUGCUGCCUCUCUCAGCCAACGACGGCGAGCUCCGGCUCUGUCCUGACGCCCAGGUUGUCGGCCCCUUCCUCCAGUCCUGCGAUGUCCUCCCAGCUGUGGAGGAUUCCCCCCCAGAACAAACAUCUCAGGGUGGACUUCUGCAUCCACUGAGGGGAGGUUCAAAUCGCUGGAGGCUGGGCAGUGCCCGUGAUAGGAGCUUUUUGUUUCAGGGGCGUGAAGGUCCAUUCUCCAACUCUCUUCUAAAUCAGUAUCUGGAGCAGAAACUCAUGGAUUUGUACCAGCAAUACAUGAUGGAGAACAUGGCCAGGGAGGGGGCUUCAGGUUCGGAUUCUGACACAGGCCCCAUUUGCCCUCUGCUGGGCUCAGAGCUGGUCCUGACCAGCCUAGACCAGAUCACUUUGCAGCUGAGUCGGGAAGGGAACCUGGAGGCCGGCCUGGCCAAGGAUAUGGUUCUCAGCUGCCUGUUACGGGUGGCUGGUGACAAGCAGUCAAGUGAAAUCAGUACUCCCUUUCUGCAGAUUUCAAAUGAGACAUCCAGGGAGCAGCUCACAGAGAAUAAAGAGGAGUAACCCCAGUGUCAAGGAACUCAUUCAUCCAAUUCUCCCUUUCAUUUUAGUUUUUAUUACCAAUAAAUAAGAUGAAACUGACAACUGCAUUUCAUUAAUUUUUACAAGCUGUUAAGUAGAUGAUGCUGAAAGCAAAUUCUGUAGUAAUUACCAGGAAAGUGUUCUGUAUUUAUGUAUCCUCAUUUUGACAGGCAGUUAUACAACUGGUGUAUGUGCAUAUGGUGUGCUGUUUUCAGUUUUGCAAAGGACAAUAAAAACAGGAACUGAAAAUUUAAACUUAUCUUUCCUAUUUUUCCUUCAACAGAACAACACGUCAUCAUCAACAUCAUAUUCCUACUUUAACGAUUAGCACAUUGUAUGUCUGAUCAUCAUUUCUUCAGCUGAUGUAAAUGUAUCUCUGUGGUUAAGUGCAUCCUUGUCAUCUUGGAAAAUUAUUCAAAAUAAUUUAAUAGUUUGAAAAUCAUCAGUUUUGCUCCAGGUUUGUUUAUUGGAAUAAACUCUAGGAUUAAAGUCCCCCUCCUGAA